CAACCCUGCUGCGCCCAAUCGGAAUGUAGCUCUCUCCCAGGUCCGAUCCGUUCAGCAGUAGCAUUUUGUUCGCCCACUGAUUUAAACUUCCCGGACUUCUUUUCCAGAUCCGGGUCGUGCCGGUCCUAGUUUGGGUGUUGAAUAUUGGUGUUAGCCAAUGCGUUCCUUACUUAAGCCGAUUAUUAAGGAUUUGGUUGCUUCUUGGUUGCUAGAUCCGUGUGAAGGCCUACCUCUUCGUUGACCAGCCAAUGAAGAGGAAGUUUAUUAAGCAGAGCAGAAGAAUAUAGUUAAUGGUUCCUGGAUGAGAAGUGGAAAUGCUACUGGCUGUGGAAGGAGGAGGUUUUUUCUCAUCGUCAGCUUCAGGAUACAGUCAUGGCCUUGCUCUUUUGCUGCUUGGACGGAAAGAAGAAGAGAAGCCUGUCAAGGUAUCGCCAUGGAAUCAGUAUGGACUAGUCGACGGGGAAGCUGAGCAUGUGUAUCAUCUGGCUUCCACAAAAAAUCAAGCUCCCCGUAAAUGUGCUCCCUUCGUCUGCUUCGGUAGCACUGCUUCGGAGCUCGAAGGGGUGUAUCCUGCGAAACUGAGUUCAAGCAACUCUUUGGACUCUUUGGAAGAGCCAUCCCGUUCAACAGAGAAGAAGGUUACCGCUAAUGGUUCCAUAACUGGAGAUGAGAGAAAAGGUUGUCUUAAGAGCAACUCAAAAAGGGAUUCGUCGGAGCAUUCUAUAUUGGCGAGUGAAGGUGAAGAACCACGUGAGUCACUGGAAGAGGUGCAAACCUUGAAAUCUGGUAUGGAACGGAGAAAAGUUCAAUGGACUGAUACAUGUGGAAAGGAGCUUUUUGAGAUAAGGGAAUUCGAAGCCAGCGAUGGAAGUUUGUCAGAUGAUGAACUGGAAAAUGAGGGUUUCAGGAAAUGUGAGUGUGUGAUUCAGUAGAUUGUUUUCGUCUGCCAUUUGAAACGAUGGAUAGCUGCAGCUUUUCUGCUAGGAUAUGCUUACACUGGGGCUUAAAGUUAAACAAACAAAGAAUGAUCCUGUGUGUAUUUCCUGUUAGCUAGCUUGCACGGUAGGGUUGCAGUUUUGAUGCCCGCUGUAUCAUAUCAUGAUUUGACCCAUUUAUUUAUUUUUGCCAACUUUUCCUUCCUCUGUGUUCGCAUGCUCCAGGUUGUAACAUAUAAGGCUGCUAGUGUUUUCAGUUCCAGGGAUGUUGAUUCC